AUGGCCACACUGAGAAACAUGAUCCUCUGUUACACAGAUCAAAGCACUAUACACUUCACCUGCAACUACCAUCUGAGACUGUUUCAACUUGCAUACAACUCAUCUGUCCAUGCAUUCACACAAUUCUUGUCUUUCUUUCUCAUCCACGGCUGUGAAGCCAGAAUCCCAGCUACUAUAGCACAAGAUCCCCAACAGACAAACCCAACUGACUACACCUCCGGUAUCAAGACUGCCUUGUUCUUGGCUCUGGACUUGGCUCAACUAAUUAACUUACAAUCACACAUCUCAAACGUGUUUACACUCAGCAAGCUCCAGAAGCUGCCUGACUUCCAGGUGGGCCAAGAAGUCCUUCUAUUCUCCAAGCCUCUCUCUCAAUCUCAAAAGGCUGGAAAACUCACUUGCACCUGGAAAGAGCCUUAUUGUAUCACUCUGAUCUCUGGCAACUGUUACUCUCUGCUCCCCCUCCACGUCUCUACUAAUAGAAUCCUCCACAAUGUUCAUGCCCACAGACUUAAGCUCUUCCAUGCUCACACAGCUCCAUCGGCAAUUGAGGACACUUGCCUCUAA